AUCACAUCACCCUUCUUUGAAGUUGCCAGGACGUGAAGCUUUCUUGCAACUCACUGUUGUUACAAUCUGAUCGUUCAUCCUGUCAUAUAUUCAAAAACAACGUGAUUUUUUUCAGGAUUAAAAUGAAUUUUAAUCCUAAUAAGAUAAUAGCAUUGAAUAGUUCAAUUCUCGUCAUUUACCUUUUGCUUUCUAGCUGCUAUGCUGCUACUUUCUUUCACUAUAAAAUCCAAACCAAAAUGGCGGGAAAAGAAGGCAUUGAAGAAUCUCAGAGCAAGCUCCGUUCAGAGUUCCUGCAAGUGCUGCGUGGUAGGCGAUUCGCUCAAGUUCCACUAACCGUCGAACUCGCGAAGCCAGUGGAGAAUCCUUUGUUUCAGAGCUCUCCUCCAACGAAGAAAGAGAUCGAGAUAUUGGAGUCGACUCCGAAGGCAGAUAUAGGGAACCUUGAAGAGUUGCUCGAAGAGGAGAACUUGUACUUGAAUAUAGAGAAGGGAGAGCAAGGACGGUUGCCGGUGUUGAUUUUGAAGUUGAAGGAACGCGAAAAGCGGAGAAAAAAGCCUGCGGUUGUUUUUCUUCAUAGUUCGUACAGUAACAAAGAAUCCGUGCGUCCAUUGCUUAAGGCGUAUGCUUCGCGAGGAUAUAUUGCAAUUUCUGUUGAUUCUCGUUACCAUGGAGAACGUGCCACAAACACAACCACUUAUCGCGAUGCACUUAUUUCUGCAUGGAAAACCGGUGAGACGAUGCCUUUCAUAUAUGACACGGUCUGGGACUUGAUUAAAUUAGCAGAUUAUCUAGCACGGAGAAAGGAUAUAGACUCUGCUAGGAUAGGAAUCACUGGAAUAUCACUUGGAGGAAUGGAUGCAUGGUUUGCUGCAGUUGCUGAUACUCGCUAUGCUGUAGUUGUUCCUCUGAUUGGCGUUCAGGGAUUUCGAUGGGCUAUAGACAACGAUAAAUGGCAGGGUCGAGUUGAUAGUAUAAAGCCUCUUUUUGAGGUGGCUCGUGAUGAUUUGGGUAAAGGUGCUAUUGACAAAGAAGUGGUGAAGAAGGUGUGGGAUAGAAUUGCUCCUGGUUUAGCUUCCCAAUUUGAUUCACCCUAUUCAAUUCCAACUAUCGCACCACGUCCUUUGCUUAUUCUUAAUGGUGCGGAAGAUCCUCGGUGUCCUCUUGGAGGCUUGAAAAUUCCAAGAGCGAAGGCAAGGCAGGCAUACGGAAAGUUUAACUGUUUAGAUAAUUUCAAGUUUAUUGCAGAACCUGGAGUUGGACACGAAAUAACGAGAUUUCAUAUGAAAGAAUCAGCUCAUUGGUUUGACAGGUUCUUAAAACCGUAACCCUUGCCCUCAGAUGUGUUCUUGAAGCCCUGGGUGGUAUUAAAAUUAUAAGCCAAGUUGCUCUAGCUCAUUGCCUCUUUCAGGUGUAUGACUGUAUUUUUUUUUUUUUUUUUAAUAAGCAUGAGAGAUUUAAAUUAAAAGAGAUUACAACGUGUAUUUACAACGAACACAAAAACAUAAUUAUAAAUAAAAAAUCAAAGUCGAAACUAUGAGAAACAUAAA